AUGCGAUUGCUAUUGCUGUGCCCACAGAAAUGGCCAGACACAGGACAAGAUCGCUGGGAGUCCUACCGUAGCGGGUACGCCAGCAUCGGCUCGCUGGCGGGUGCCUUCAAGGAGACGGGAGCCCUCGACUUGCUGAUGAAGAUGCUGUGCCACAAGGAGAAGCAAAUCCGCCGCAGUGCUGGCAAGAUGCUGAGGGCCCUGGCUUCACAUGAUGCAGUGGCGGCCAACGAAGGGGACGCCUACCCGCUGGGGGCUCUGCCUGUUGGCACGCUGAUCUGCAACCUGGAGAGCCACCCUGGGAAGGGAGCGCAGUACAUCCGGGCAGCUGGGACUUGUGGGGUGCUGCUGAGGAAAGUGAAUGGGACGGCCAUCGUGCAGCUGCCCUCCAAGAGGCAUAUGCAGGUGCUGGAGACCUGCGUGGCCACGGUGGGCCGUGUGUCCAACGUCAACCACAACAAGCGGGUGAUUGGGAAGGCGGGCCGGAACCGCUGGCUGGGCAAGCGCCCGCACACAGGCUUGUGGAGAAAGUGA